AUGGCCGCCCCCAAGCGGUUUCCCACGCUCGUUCAGCUGGAGCAGCGAGAAGGGACGCUCUUCGAGGUGCUCGGUAACCUCACCAAGCGGCCCUACUGGUUUCACUCCGAGUACCUGAAGAGUCCGAGGGCAAUUCACCUGGAGGCCUGGCUGGUGGAAGCAAUCUUCGGCCUGGGCGGAGAGCACAUCCCGCAUGUCGAGUGUGUGUCGCAGACCCUGCUUCACGUUAAUCAGUGGGACCCGGACGGCGAGGCUGAGAUCUUGAUAUUUGGACGGCCUUAUUACCAGAAGGAUGUAUACACGAUGAUCAUGAACUUGGCCGACUAUCACCGCCAACUCCGGGCGCAAAGUUCUGAGAAGCCUCCUGCCCGGGAGGCGGCGACCCAGCGGUCCCCCAGUGCAGUCCGACAGGCGGCGACCCAUCUGUGCCCCAGCGAAGCCCGGGAGGCCGGGACCCAGCGGUCCCCCUGCGCGGUCCGACAGGCGGCCACCCAGCGGUCCCCCGGCACAGCCCGGGAGGCGGCCACCCAGCGGUCCCCCGGCGCAGCCCGGGAGGCGGCCACCCAGCGGUCCCCCGGCGCUGCCCGGGAGGCGGCGACCCAGCGGUCCCCCGGCGCAGCCCGGGAGGCGGCGACCCAGCGGUCCCCCGGCGCAGCCCGGGAGGCGGCCACCCAGCGGUCCCCCGGCGCUGCCCGGGAGGCGGCGACCCAGCGGUCCCCCGGCGCAGCCCGGGAGGCGGCGACCCAGCGGUCCCCCGGCGCAGCCCGGGAGGCGGCGACCCAGCGGUCCCCCGGCGCAGCCCGGGAGGCGGCGACCCAGCGGUCCCCCGGCGCAGCCCGGGAGGCGGCCACCCAGCGGUCCCCCGGCGCAGCCCGGGAGGCGGCCACCCAGCGGUCCCCCGGCGCAGCCCGGGAGGCGGCCACCCAGAGCUUCCCCGAAGCUAUCCAGGGUCCGGUUACCAGGUUCUGA